AUGGCAAGUAAAAAAAGAUCAUUACCACAAGUUGAGGAUGAUUGGAAUGGAUAUGAAAGUUUAAUGAAUGUCAAACCAAAAGAAAGAUAUGAUAUUAAAGCUAGUAUUUUCGAUUUAAAUACGAUUAGAGAUUCAGCAUUAUUUGAAAAAGAGAGAUUUAGCCUUUGUUUAUCUCCUCCAAAAGAAAAACCAGGAACAUUUAAAUUUUCAAAAUCACCAACAAGUCCAAAAAGUAAAAUUCCAAAUGAUUCAGCGCCACCAAAACAACUAGUACAGCAACCAAAUCUUGAUAAUAUAGGUAAUGGUGGUGGUAUUAAUAAAAUUAAAAAAGAUUUACCACCAUCAAUUCAAAAUCAACAAACUCAUCAAUACAAUACAAGAAAGGUUCCAACAUCUAUGGUGCCACAACAACAACAACAACAACAAUUUCAACUACAACAACAACAACAACAACAACCACCAAAGAUAUCACAACAACAUCAACAAUAUUUAACAAAAUUAACAAAUGUAUCAAAUUCACCAAUUAAAUCACUUUCACAAUUACCAAAUUCACCAUUAAGAAAAAGAUUCUCAUCAACAUCACAACCAUCAGUAGUAGUACAAUCAUCAUCAUCAAUAAAUACUCAACAACCGCCAAUAAAAAAAUUGGCAACUAAUAAUAAUGGUGUUAAUCAAACAAAUACAAUAACACCUCCACAUACUUUACAAAAUAGACCAGCCACACCAACUAGAACAACUAAUCCUGUAUUAAAUAAUAAACCUUCAACACCAAUUAAAUCAUUAACAAAUAAACCUUUAACUCCAAGUAAACAACCAUUAUUAACAACAAAUGAUUUAAAUAAUAAUAUUACAACAACAACAGCAACAGCAACAGCAAUAGGAAAAUUAACAACUUCAUCUCAUACAAAAAAUACAAACAAUAACAUUAUUAACGGUUUAACAACGACAACAAUUGAUCAAUCAAGAUUAGAGAGUAGAAUUAAAUCUUUAGAGAUUGAAAAUAAAAUUAUAAAUUCAAAAUUGGAAGAAAAGGAUCAAAUCAUUGAAACCUUAUCAGGAAGAGUAUCAGAAUUAGAAUUUCAACUUGUAAACUUUAUGUUGGAAGUUAAAACUUGUAUACUCGAAAAAGAUAAAUAA